AGCUUCCAUCUUUGCUCAGCAGGACAGCGGGCAGGACCGGGAGAGGCUGACCUACUUCCGCAACCUGCCAGAGGCCCUGACCUCCCUCCUGGUGCUGCUGACCACGGCCAACAACCCUGACGUGAUGACGCCUGCGUACUCCAGGAACCGAGCCUACGCCGUCUUCUUCAUAGCCUUCACCCUGAUAGGAAGCUUGUUCCUGAUGAACCUGCUGACGGCCAUCAUUUACAACCAGUUCCGGGGCUACCUGAUGAAGUCCUUCCAGACCUCGCUGUUCCGGAGGCGGCUGGGGGCCCGGGCCGCCUACGAGGUCCUCUCCUCCGUGAGUGCCCCGGGAGAAGCCCACCCUGGUGGAGUCGGGGUGAAGCCCCAGGACUUCCUGCGGGUGCUUCAGAAAGUCCAGCUGCACAGCCACCACAGGCGGGCCGUCAUGGAGAAGGUGCGCUCCUAUGGUGGCGACCUGCUGUCCGCAGACGAGUUUCAGAAGCUCUUCAACGAGUUCGACAGAAGGGUGAUUAAAGAGGUACCUCGCGUCCCCUGCUUAGGGCCGGCCCACCCGGGGUGGGCGGGGCAGUUUACAGCGUCUGUUGGCGUGGAUCGCCCAGGUGACCCGAGGCGGGGCCAGGACUCGGCUGCCCAGGGAUCCUGUGGGGCCCCCAGGGUGGCGAACGGGAACAGAGGUUGCUGGGGGACCAAGGAGGGUUUGUGAACCUGACGCAACUCGAAGACCACAGGGCCACGUCCGGCUCGGGGGAAACUUCUGGACAGUUUUCCCUGUCUCCAGGAUGAACUCUUACCUACUUCCUGUGUGUCCUUCCCUGGAUGCUCCUGAGUUGGUCCAAAGCGUUUCCUCUGUCCCUGACACUGAGCUGUGCAGUCCCCAGAGGGGCCUUGGCAGGCCGCUCCGUACUGUGUCAGUCAGUCAUGAGGGUGUAAGUUACGUGUACUUUUCACAGAGUGCUUCCUGUCUGGUGGCGAACACUGGGCGUGUAUUCAGAUGCCCGCCAGACAGCGCGUCGUGGUUUUCUUACGCCGUCAGUGGCCACUCAGGCGCCCUCUGCCUCUCGGUGUUCAAAGACUACUUGGGGUGAACGUCUUUGUGCGUUUAUUUCCAUGUUUGAGAUUAUUUUCUUAGGCUGGGCUGACUGGGAUAAGAGAGAGGUAGGAGAAAGUCGAAUCUCAGAAGAAGGGGGUGCAUCGCCGGAGGGCUCCCCACGGCCGCGUGCCUCCUGGGGGCGCAUGUCUCUGAGCCCACGCGUGUCCCCUCC